GUGCCCUUACAGUCGGUCUAGUCCGGCAAUGUCAGACCAUCCACGGACGAGACCGGACCUGUAUUCCACCACGGCUGCCCCCUGAGUGGGUCACCACACUUUUCUUCAUCAUCAUGGGCAUCAUCUCCCUCACUGUCACCUGUGGACUGCUGGUGGCUUCACACUGGCGCAGAGAGGCCACCAAAUACGCCCGCUGGAUCGCCUUUACUGGCAUGAUCCUGUUCUGCAUGGCGGCGCUCAUCUUCCCCAUAGGCUUCUAUAUCAACGAGGUGGGAGGCCAGCCGUACAAGCUGCCCAACAACACAGUGGUCGGCUCCUCUUACGUGCUGUUUGUCCUCUCCAUCUUCUUCACCAUAGUGGGACUUCUGUUUGCAGGCAAAGUUUGCCUCCCAGGCUGAGGACUCGCCGUUGCCCGCCUCUGGACUGACCCCAGGAGGCUCUGAAAAUGUUAUGGGAUUUACAAAAACACACAAUGACUGAAAAUCAAAGACAACAAACUCUGUCCAGAAGCCUGAAACAGGGCGGUCUCUGGUCAAGGGACCGCAGCACCUCGGAGUACCUAAGAACUAAACAAAUGGAAACGAACAAAACACUAAAGAGGGGGUGGGGGGAGAGUGUGAGAGAGGGCAGCUGAGGCCGUCGCAGCACCCUGCCACUGUUGAUUUAAAAUAUGACCGUCUCUUUCUUGUUGUUCUGUUGGAAAAGGGUGCUUAAUGUGCCGCUGUCAUGGCAACUGCGGCCACAAUGCUGGCGCACAUUUCUUGAGGACCAGCCGCUCCUCGACUUGACCCCCGCCCGCCGCCAUCAGCACACAUCUGUGCCAUCAUGACCGCUCCUGUUACUAUUUUUGGCUUCUCUUUGCUAUUUCAGUUGUGUGGUUUUUUUUUUUUUUCUGUUGUUGUACAAUUUGUGUUCUUUUUAUUUUAUUUUUUCUUCCACCUUCGCUCCCCCGUCGCCUUUCCACUGAAGUAGCUUGAGUGUAAUUGAGGUUUACUGAAUGAAUCUCUGAGGGGAACUGUUUUGUUUGUUUGUUUUUUUAAAAUUCUGCCAGCUUGGCUUUCGAGCAGGGUUUAUUCUCGCCUGUCACUUCACAAGGCCCCAGGUGUGUGAGCUGGGGAAAGCAGUUGUGAGACCAGCUGUCUGGGCCAGCUCACGGCCAGCUGUGGGCGAGAGGAAGGCGCAGGUGUGACGCCUCUUUGUCUCCAAUCAGCUGCAGCUCUGGAGCAGGUAGCAAACCAGGGGUGACCUCCCUGGGCAGCAGACCAGGAGGUCUAGUAUCAUCAAGGAGAAUGCCACUCAAUGUAAGACCUUGCAUUAUGUUAUUUAUAUGGACAGCAACAGAGUAUUAGUGAGUAUAGACAACUUUUUUUGCCAAGCGAAAGCCAUGACACUGAUACACAUCCUUUGCCAAUAACUAGAGGACUGUGAAUUUAGAGAAUAAUCAUCUGAACAUUAGCACACUUCUGUGUAUUUGUAGUAGUCUUCUUAAUUCUGUUAAGUACUGCCACAAGUUGAGUGAAAGUAUUUUUCAAAAGCAUACGUCACUGUGGUGUUUCAUUUUUGAGAGGUCGAGAUGAACACGUAUAUCGCUAAUUAUAGCGGACAGUAUUGACUUUUAUAGAUAGAAGCUGAAGUUAUCUAAGGUGGGAAAAUAACAUGUGAAUGCUGAAAAUUGGUGGUAUUCUCCUUUAAUGUUGGACUGGAAAGAAGCAGGAGUGUUUUUUUUGUCUUGUUUUGUACAACAGUGAAGGCACUGGGACUGCAGGUCAGGUCCAUGCAUGGGGCUGUGCCUCAGUGUGCUGCCACUGAGGCCCGUGAAUGUAACACACACACACAAACACACACACACACACACGCACACGCACACACGCGCACGUACAGCCACUACCACACUGUCUGUACCUUGCAAAUACUCACAUUAGGGCUGCAGCUAACAAUUCUUUUCAUUGUCUAUUAUUGUCCUGAUUAGAGUAAUGAAUUACAAAAAUAAUUAUCCCCAGAGAAUGUGCUAAUAACAGAUCAAUGUGAGCUUCACUACAAGUACCGCAAAAUUAAGACAGGUCACGCGACUCUUAUCUGGCAAACCAUGCUUUAUUUAGCACCUCACCUGAAGUUUUCGGCGAUCUUGCCUCCUUCAAGGUGAUGCCUAAGGUGAUUUCUGUUUUGGCCCAUAAUCAUGCUCUUUGGGAUCUACAGCUCCCAUAAUUUGGGGGCUUUGGGAAAUGUUAACCGAAAACUAUCCUUUUUAUCUUUUUUUUUUUUUUUUUGCCUAUAUUGUUUCACAUUUUUACAAAUCGGCACCAUUAAGUAUGCCGAGUUAGAUAUUAGUUGCUCUCGUUUACAAUGUACCCAUUUAUGUACAGACAACUAACACUGGAUUACAUUGAUACUGAAGAAAACUUAAAAACAUGAUGAUUUUAAGGCAAGUUCUGGAGUUGAGAAGGGUGUCUUUUUUUCCCCUAUAAUUUCUAAGUAGAUUGAUGGACAUCUGUGAUGACUAUUAUUCAACAUUUAGUAUACUCAAAAAUCUUUGACAUUUGGAGCAGGUUUAUCCAUCAAUUUUAAAGUCCAUUUACAGUUGACAUUAACACGGCUGUCCCUCAACUAAUUUUUGAUUGUCACAAGACCAGUUCAUAACCCACACAUUUACAAUUUCAUGUGUCAUGUAAGAGACAAAGCAAAACAGCCAAUCAGAGCUAAAGAAAUGAAGAGAUCAAAAUAGUUGCAGGUUAAUUUUGUAUUGAUCAACUACCCGUUUUAACACUUACACAUAUUCACAUAUAGACAUGGGUCAUAAAAAUUUGGGGAGCAUACAACCUACUGAUACUCUGAUCUCUCCUGAAAAAAGUGUGUGUGUGGAAUCAAUCACGGAGCUCAGUCACUAAGUCUUAUUUUGUUUGUAUUUCUGUUUCCUGCUCAGCUUUUCUUACUCUCGGUCUGAUGAUGUAUACUGCUAACUAUACACUCUGCAGUGCCCUGUCUUUGGUUGGUUCAGUAUUGUUCCAUGACCUGUUUUUGUUUAAUAAUGUACAGACACAGAAGGCAGGAUUUCUGUAUUAGGAAGCACUGUGCAUUCAACAGUAUAGGUAACAGAAAUAGAAGCAUCACAAAUUGUAUAAAAAAGAGAAACUUCUUACCUCAUUGUUUUUGUUUCUGCUAUUAUUUUCUAAUGGUGGCAAUGUGUGCCCUCUAAUUUGUCUCUUGCCUUGAUCGGAUGUCUUCACAUAAAGCCUAUGAUCAUAGGAAAUUAUUUAUCACUGAAUAAAAAGAGAAAACAUGGG